AUGGUCAGAUGUCUUUUCAUAAAGGCGGCAUGGUAAGUAAUGGCAUUGACGUUUCUGGGUGUGUGGGGAGUGGAGUGGAGUGGGGUGGGGGUGGGGGUGGGGUGACUUGAGGGGGAGACAGAACCAGUGGAGACAGCAACAGGCAGGUUUCAGGUAGAGGGGGGCCAGGUGCGAUCGGGCCUGGCACGUCCAGGUGUCAGGCCAGGGUGUCCUCAGUCGCGGUCCUAUAGCCUCAGGCCCACCGGAAGAGGAGACACAGAAUGAGAAAAGGUUAGUAAGAGUACUUCUGAGUCAGUUCAGGUAGCAUUCAAUGUCCUGCAUUUGUGUUAACCAUGGCAGCCAGCAUUGCAAAUGAAGAGAUUCGUAUAAAAUAAAUCAGCCUCUGUCUGUGGAUCCUUACCCCUUAAUGUAAUUUUCAUGUCAGCCAGGCCAAUCUUUUAAUAUAAACACAAUUUAUUUCAAGCUUUAGUUGAGCAAAAUAAGUAGUGUUGCUCGGUUGACAAGAUAAUUCAAAGAAUUGAGUCAUGCAGAAAUAUCUCAAUGCUUUAUCCUCUAAAGUGACAACAAGUUGUUGUUUCCCUGACUGCUACCUAUGGCUGCUACUCAGAAAUAAUAUAGCCUAACAGUAAAUUAAUAGAUGACAUUCACUGCAAUUAUAAACCUGUCUCCAGUAUAAAGCUACAUACACAGACCCACUGUGGAUCUUUGUCAAAUAAAUCUGUGUGAAAAUCCGUCCCAGGACCUGUUUUGUCAAUGAGCACAAUUUAUUCCAAACACUGGUGGUAACUAGAUAAUCCUAAGAAUUCAGGUAAUACACCACAUUAGUCACUGGCUUCAUCAAUAAGUGCAUCGAUGACGUCGUCCCCACAGUGACUGUUGUACAUACCCCAACCAGAGGCCAUGGAUUACAGGCAACAUCCGCACUGAGCUAAAGGGUAGAGCUGCCGCUUUCAAGGAGCGGGACUCAAACCCGGAAGCUUAUAAGAAAUCCCGCUAUGCCUUCCGACGAACCAUCAAACAGGCAAGCGUCAAUACAGGACUAAGAUCUAAUCUUACUACACCGGCUCCGACACUCGUUAGGUGUGGCAGGGCUUGCAAACUAUUACAGACUACAAAGGGAAGCACAGCCGCGAGAUACCCAGUGACACGAGCCUACCAGACGAGCUAAAUUACUUCUAUGCUCGCUUCGAAGCAAGUAACACUGAAACGUGCAUGAGAGCAUCAGCUGAUCACGCUCUCCGUAGCCGAUGUGAGUAAGACGGAUUACCAGGAUGUGUACUCCGAGCAUGCGCUGACCAACUGGCAAGUGUCUUCACUGACAUUUUCAACCUCUCCCAGUCUGUAAUACCAACAUGUUUCAAGCAGACCACCAUAGUCCCUGUGCCCAAGAACACUAAGGUAACCUGCCUAAAUGACUACCGACCCGUAGCACUCACGUCUGUAGCCAUGAAGUGCUUUGAAAGGCUGGUCAUGGCUCACAUCAUCACCAUUAUCCCAGAAAUCCUAGACCUAUGGCAGUCUCUAUGGGGGUGCCACAGGGUUCAAUUCUUGGGCCGACUCUUUUCUCUGUGUAUAUCAAUGACGUCGCUCUUGCUGCUGGUGACUCUCAGAUCCACCUCUACGCAGACGACACCAUUUUGUAUACAUCUGGCCCUUCAUUGGACACUGUGUUAACAAACCUCCAAACGAGCUUCAAUGCCAUACAACACUCCUUCAGUAGCCUCCAACUGCUCUUAAACACUAGUAAAACUAAAUGCAUGCUCUUCAACCGAACGCUGCUUGCACCCGCCCACCCGACUAGAAUCACUACUCUCGACGGGUCUGACCUAGAGUAUGUGGACAACUACAAAUACCUAGGUGUCUGGUUAGACUGUAAACUAUCCUUCCAGACUCACAUUAAGCAUCUCCAAUCCAAAGUUAAAUCUAGAAUCAGCUUCCUAUUUCGCAACAAAGCCUCCUUCACUCAUGCUGCCAAACAUGCCCUCGUAAAACUGACUAUCCUACCGAUCCUUGACUUCGGCGAUGUCAUUUACAAAAUAGCCUCCAACACUCUACUCAGCAAAUUGGAUGUAGUCUGUCACAGUGCCAUCCGUUUUGUCUUCAAAGCCCCAUAUACUACCCACCACUGUGACCUGUACGCUCUUGUUGGCUGGUCCUCACUACAUAUUCGUCGCCAAACCCACUGGCUCCAGGCCAUCUAUAAAUCACUGCUAGGCAAAUCCCCGCCUUAUCUUAGCUCAUUGGUCACCAUAGCAACACCCACCCGUAGUAUGCGCUCCAGCAGGUAUAUCUCACUGGUCAUCCCCAAAGCCAACACCUCCUUUGGCCGCCAUUCCUUCCAGUUCUCUGCUGCCAAUGACUGGAACAAAUUGCAAAAAUCUCUGAAGCUGGAGACACUUAUCUCCCUCACUAACUUUAAGCAUCAGUUGUCAGAGCACCUUACCGAUCACUGCACCUGUACACAGCCCAUCUGAAAUUAGCCCGCCCAACUACCUCAUCCCUAUAUUGUUAUUUAUUUUGCUCAUUUGUACCCCAGUAUCUCUAUUUGCACAUCAUCUCUUGCACAUCUAUCAUUCCAGUGUUAAUACUAAUUGUAAUUAUUUUGCACUAUAGCCUAUUUAUUGCCUUACCUCCAUAACUUGCUACAUUUGCACACACUGUAAAUAUAUUUAUUUCUGUUGUAUUUUUGACUUUGUUUUGUUUUACCCCAUAUGUAACUCUGUGUUGUUGUUUUUAUCGCACUGCUUUGCUUUAUCUUGGCCAGGUCGCAGUUGAAAAUGAGAACUUGUUCUCAACUGGCUUACCUGGUUAAAUAAAGGUUAAAUAAAUAAAAAAAAAAAAAAAAAAUGCUGUUUAAUCAGCUUCUUGAUAUGCCACACCUGUCAGGUGGAUGGAUUAUCUUGGCAAAGGAGAAAUGCUCACUAACAGGGAUGUAAACAAAUUUGUGCACAAAAUUUGAGAGUGCAUAUGUAACAUUUCGGGGAUCUUUUUAUUUCAGCUCAUGAAACGUGGAACCAACACUUUACAUGUUGCGUUUUAUAUUUUUGUUCAGUAUAGCUCUUCUAGCCGUUGAGGAACUAGAGCAAACACACUUGUUUUGUUUGGAACAAAACCCUGCAUCCAAGUCUAUUGUUGUUGUUUACACUAUCCAAAAACAGUCCAUUUUAUAAAUCACAAUCUGGGUCAGGUGGGCAUAAUUUGAAAGCCUCUUCUAUUGCCAACAUGACUAGCUAAGUUAUAAAAUACGAUAUUACAGUGUUAGGCUUUCACAAUGCAAUUCAAGGAAACAGAUCAUAAUUUUGGUACGCAUAGAAAGGAGUCAUUAGUUCAUUCAGGUGUGUGUGCCCAUAGCGAAUUUCCUUCACAAAAGUCAAACAGGCUCAUUCUGUUGAGAACAACCCAGGGUAUGACGUCAUGUCAUCUUUUAACUGUACAUCAAACAGUGAUCAUAAACAUUGACAUUGACAUUGUCAUAAACAGCGCAUUCGGAAAGUAUUCAGACCCUUUCGUAAAAGAUUUGAAAAGUCUGGAUUGGACUUGGGUACCGAAUGUACCCUUUCGUUUAUUAACAUUUUACAUUUUAGUCAUUUAGCAGAUCCCCAUUUGCUACUGCAUGUGCAACAGCUACUCUUCCUGGGGUACAAAUACAUGACAAAGUACAGAACAGUUAUAGACAAGGACAUUCAAUUAAAAAUAUAUAAUAAUAGUAAUAAGUUAUACAGUGCAUUCGGAAAGUAUUCAGACCCCUUGACUUUUUCCACAUUUUGUUACUUUUUUGCAAAUGUAUUUAAAAUAAAAAACUAUCACAUUUACAUAAGUAUUCAGACCCUUUACUCAGUACUUUGUUGAAGCACCUUGGCAGCGAUUACAGCCUCGAGUCUUCUCAUGGUCUGAGAGUCCUUUAGGUGCCUUUUGGCAAACUCCAAGUGGGCUGUCAUGUGCUUUUUACUGUUUGGCCACUCUACCAUAAAGGCCUGAUUGGUGGAGUGCUGCAGAGAUGGUUGUCCUUCUGGAAGGUUCUCCCAUCUCCAUAGAGGAAAUCAGGAGCUCUGUCAGAAUCACCAUCGGGUUCUUGGUCACCUUCCUGACCAAGGCCCUUCUCCCCCGGUUGCUCAUUUUGGCCGGGCGGCCUGCUCUAGGAAGAGUCUUGGUGGUUCCAAACUUCUUCCAUUUAAGAAUGAUGGAGGCCAGUGUGUUCUUGGGAACCUUCAAUGCUGCAGAAUGUUUUUGGUACCCUUUCCCCAGACCUGUGCCUCGACACAAUCCCGUCUCGGAGCUCUACGGUCAAUUCCUUCGACCUCACGGCUUGGUUUUUGCUCUGACAUGCACUGUCAACUGUGGGACCUUAUAUAGACAGGUGUGUGCCUUUCCAAAUCAUGUCCAAUCAAAUGCAUUUACCACAGGUGGACUCCAAUCAAGUUGUAGAAACAUCUCAAGGAUGAUCACUGGAAACAGGAUGCACCUGAGCUCAAUUUCGAGUCUCAUAGCAAAGGGUCUGAAUACUUAAGUAAAUAAGGUAUUUCUGUAUUUUUUAUAAAUUUGCAAACAUUUCUAAAAACUUGUUUUCGCUUUGUCAUUAUGGGGUAUUGUGUGUAGAUUUAUGAGGAAAACAUUUUAUUUAAUCAAUUUUAUAAUGCGUAACAAAAUGGGGAAAAAGGGAAGGGGUCUGAAUACUUUCCGAAUGCACUGUAUAUGACAUGAGUUUUAGGAUAUUGAAAUGUGAAGUGCACAUUUGGACUCACGGGUGUUUGGCUUGCUUAUAUGACAUCAAUGCGGAAUUUAUUAUAAUCUUAAACGUCUUAUCUUUCAAAAUACAUAGUCUUCUUAAUGUACAGCAUUUCCCUCUCUCAGACAACAAAACAAAUGCAAAAGUUGCCCAAUUAGCGGGAGGGAUGGAGGCAACUUCUUGUUGCGCAAGGUGCUCAAGGUCAGAAUGGCUGUCAAUCAAAACACAUACAGCGCUGUGAAGCGCAGAGCCAGAGCUCUGACAUCAUGUAUAUCAUGAUACUGUACAGCCACUGUAUUCCAAUUUAGGCGUUUAUCAGUGCCCAAAUCUGCCAUUUUCAACCCGUAUACAGGUACGAGUGUAUAGGGCUACUUCUAAAAGGAAAAAUUCAACUAUAAUGCAAGAGCGCCUGCCUCUCCCAUAUGGACACAUUUAGUGAUAUACCUUGAGCAAUUGGCGGCUAAAGCACUGCAGCAGGUAACUUCCAUUGUCAACUAGGUUAAAGAAAUUGCCUACAUAAAGCAGACAUAUAUAUCCUUUAUGCACAUUUUCUACGCUUGGCGGGUGGUUCAGUUUCUUUCAAUCACUUUCACCUCUCUUCUCCACAGGUCUGUCUUGAGACUUUGCUAGUGAACUUGCAACAUUGUUUCAACUGGGCCCUCCCAAUGAGCUUGGGACAGACAUAGCUGUAUUUGUGCAAGGGAGAAGUGUCUAACGCCCAACUAGGGCCGUGUCUAGACUUGACAGUUCAUGCAGCUUUAGUAUUCUGAUCAUAGAGUUCUGAUCAUGGAAUUCCGAACACAUUUACAUUUACAUUUUAGUCAUUUAGCAGAUGCUCUUAUCCAGAGCGACUUACAGUUAGUGAGUGCAUACGUCAUGCGUCUACACCGACAUUCAAAUGUGUCUACCGUGUCCGGAUUCCCUUUACUGCGCUAUAUUCAAAUGCCAGUAUGCAUUUUACAAACGGUGGAAUAGGAAAAAUAUGAUAGCUACUGCCAUCAGUUGUUGUUAACUACUGUAGCUAACUAGCAAGCUAACCUCUGUAGCUAGCCAGCAAGUAACGCUAAAGGGAUUGCAAACGGGUUAGCAUAACUCUAGCCAAACAAAAAAUAGUUUUUCAAAAUAUUAGCUAGCUGGCUAGCAUUUAUGAGGCCAGUAAACACGUUCCUCACACGCUACGGACGUAUUUCCCCCAAUGUUAGAAUGAAAAGGUUCCUCUCUGUCCCAAAACAGAGACUUGUGAGAGGAGUGCUGAUGACAUCGCCCACUGUAUGCGCUUUCGGAUCGGAACACAAUCAGACCACAAAGCGACUUUUGUGCGUCUAGACCUGUCUUUUUAAUACGAUCUUCGUAUUCUGAUAGCAGAAGUCUCAUGUAAGUGUCAAGUGUAGACACAACCUAGGAGAGGAGAGGUAGGCUAUAAACCUAGGAGAGGAGAGGUAGGCUAUAGGAUACUGAACUUGAAGCAGCAAGAAUGAUGAGAGAGCGGAUACUUGCACUUUCUCUUGAGUUACAUUUUGCCUACCUUUUAGGAGUGGGACGAUUUGCAGGCAGAGACAAUAUUUAUUUCCAGAAAAUGUAGUAGGCCUACAGUAUAGCCUAAUUUCCUUGGAAAGAUAACUGCACUGUGCUUCUCCGCCCAUCCAUAUAUAUUUAAUUGAGACCACUAGGGUUGUAAAGGGAAGGAAUAUUACUGAAAACUUUGGAAGUUUGCCAGUACACUACCAGAUUUUUUAUAAAAUUCCCACCAAAACAUGAAAGUUAUCAGAUGACAUCUAGUGGCCUUUUUGGGUACUUCAGAUUAUCACAGGUAUCUGUAAUUAUCCCUGACCCUCUGUGUGGCCUUAUCACAUGUAAAAUAUAUAAAAUAAUCAAAUAAUGACGACAAAGCUGUAAAACAUCCUAAAUAUAAACUAUCAACUUGGUGAAUACCAUUGGUGUUUAAUAUGAGGGUUUCAGCAUGAGAUAUCCCUUUUUUUUUCACACUUUUAUUUAUUUUACUACAUCAAUUUGUCUUUUUUGUAAGCGUUUUGGGGCUAAACUGGUGGCAGUUGUGAAAAAAGUAAAUAGUUGGAAGUGUUGCAGAGAUCAUUGAAAAUGAUUCCAUUGUUUAUUAGAAAAUGUUUCAUUAAUUAGGCUAUUUUUUCUUAAACCACAUGGUCUAUCCACUAGAAACGAAUGGACAAUAUGGGCACAGAUAUAAAAAAUGAAUACUAACUUUUAAAAAAGUUAUUAAAGUAUAAAUUACCAAAGUUACCAUAGAUUGACAUAAAUUACCUGUUAAUCACAAAAUGACUGAAGAUUCCAGUAACUUUGGUAAAUUACUGGUAGCUUUGCAACCCUAGAGACCACACAUAUAGGCGCAAUUUGAUUUCGUACGCCCAACUAGGAGAGGAGAGGUAUAGGCUACUGAACUUGAAGCAGCGAUUGAUGAGAGUAUGUGAAUAGUGCGACAAAGAGGUGCUUUUAAUACAAUAGAUAGGCUAACACAUACAAAACAGAAAGAUGACUGUUUCCAAAUAAUGUGCGGGACAAAAUAUUUUCAUCCAAAAGUCUGACCGCCCGCUCUCUAAUUCAAGCUCCGUAAUAUCCUAGCUAGUACUCUUAGCUACUUUAAUCUUGUCGAAGGUACGAGUGUGCUAGGCACGAAUCAAUGACAAAUUCACUACUGUCUUAUUCCAGAACAGAGGAGGGUCACACCAGGCUACAUGUACUGUAGUGACAUAUACUCACCGUUUUUCCAGUGGAACUGGUGUGUGUGUGUGUGUGUGUGUAGUGCAGACCUGGGUAUUUGAGUAUCUGGUAUUGAAAAUACUUUUCCUGUGUAUUUGAGUAUUUUCAAAUACACAGUCCAAAACUUAGUAGUACUUUUAUUUGAGUAUUUGAAUGGUUAUUUGUAAAAACCAGAUAGUCUGCCUAAAUGAUUUGACAGUAUUUUCAAAUACUAUUUUCAAAUACCUGGGUUAAUGCAUGGGAGUGUAUUUGAGUCAGUGUAUUUGAGUAUUUUCACGUACUUUCCAAAUGUAUUUCCAAUUACAUAAAAAUAUUCAACUACUUGUCUAUUCAAAUAAAAUGUAUCUGAAUACCUACUUCGAAUUAAUGUGAAAGUAAUUGAGGUAUUUUAAAUAGUAUUUGAACCCAGGUGUGGUGUGUUUAUGUUUUCUGUUCUGUGGGAGGCUGGGAGCAGGUGUAGGCCUACAGACAGUGACAACCCUGUGUUUGUCUGUGUGUGUGUACACUGCAGGUGUGAGAGCCGCCAGCGUUGGGACAGUCCAUCCGUGUGUCUGUGUCUGCGCAGGUGUGUGUCAGUCGACUGGCACAGCUCGGAAUGCAAGAUGCUGUUCUCCCUGGGGAUGCUGAUGCUGUCCGCCACACAGAUCUACACCAUCUUCACUGUGCAGCUCUUCGCCUUCCUCAACCUGCUGCCCGUUGAGGCUGACAUUUCUGCCGUGAGUCCCGUAGACUGAGAGACAGACGGGCGGGUGGGUGGGUGGGCAGGCAUGCAGGCAGAUAGACAGACAGAUACACAGACAGACAUGCGGUCUACAGACAUUCAGACUGACUGACUGGCUUACAGAAAACCUAUUUUGGCUCAGUGCUGGGAACUUCUAGUUACUAACACCACCAUGUAGUUCAUGAUGCGAUUUGUAUUCUUAUUUCUCUUUCAGUACACAUUUGACAACAAAACGGGAAACUUUGAUGACCUGCCUGCACGGUUUGGGUACCGGUUGCCCAGCGAUGGACUCAAGGUGGGUACAACAAUGGUCCAUACGUCGACUGUUUACACACGGUGUCAUUUCACUGCCAUUGACACAAGUUAAAGUAUAACCAUCGUCAGAACAUGAACGAUAAUGCAUGGAAUCCGAUUUUCGAUUGCAUUUUUUCUUGAGAGAGAAUGCCCAUCUCAGAAAAACUAAUGUAAAACUAAAAAUGUGUAAGAGAGUGAAUUGAUUUUCAAAAAUUAUCACUAAUGCAUAUACACUGAGUGUACAAAACAUUAGGAACUCCUUCCUAAUAUUGAGUUUAGGGCUGACCCUAAUUAGUCGACUGGUCGAUUGUUUGGUUGUUAGGCUGUUUGGUCUACCGAGAUUGUUUUAGUCGAGCAGUAACAAAUAUAUACAGUACCAGUCAAUAGUUUGGACACACCUACUCAUUCCAGGGUUUUUCUUUAUUUUUACUGUUUUCUACAUUGUAGAAUAAUAGCGAAGACAUCAAAACUAUGAAAUAACACAUAUGGAAUCAUGUAGUAAACAAAAAAGUGUUAAACAAAUCAAAAUAUAUUUGAGAUUCUUCAAAGUAGCCACCCUUUGCCUUGAUGACAGCUUUGUACACUCUUGGCAUUCUCUCAACCAGCUUCAUGAGGAAUGCUUUUCCAACAGUCUUGAAGGAGUUCCCACAUAUGCUGAGCACUUGUUGGCUGCUUUUCCUUAACUCUGCUGUCCAACUCAUCCCAAACCAUCUCAGUUGGGUUGACGUCGGGUGAUUGUGGAGGCCAGGUCAUCUGACGCAGCACUACAUCACUCUCCUUCUUGGUCAAAUAGCCCUUACACAGCCUGGAGGUGUGUUUUGGGUCAAUGUCCCGUUGAAAAACGAUAUGAUAGUUCCACUAAGCGCAAACCAGAUGGAUGGCGUAUCGCUGCAGAAUUCUGUGGUAGCCAUGCUGGUUAAGUGUUCCUUGAAUUCUAAAUAAAUCACAGACAGUGUCACCAGCAAAGCACCAUCACAUCUUUUUCACCCUCUGAAUGGCAGAUAUUCCAUGUCUCAAUUGUCUCAAGGCUUAAAAAUCCUUCUUUAACCUGUAUCAUCCCUUUCAUCUAUGCUGAUUGAAGUGAAUUUAACAGGUGACAUCAAUAAGGGAUCAUAGCUUUCACCUGGAUUUACCUGGUCAGUCUAUGUCAUGGAAAGAGCAGGUGUUCCUAAUGUUUUGUACACUCAGUGACGACACAUAUAAUAAACACAUGCUACACUUACUUAUUAUAGGCCCUGCUUAUCUAUUAUUUGGAAGCAUUUUAUCUAAUUUGAUUUAAUCACAGUGAACUCUAAGGAGGCGUCCCAAAUGGCACCCUGUUCCCUAUAAAGUUCACUACUUUUGAAUAGAGCCCUAUGGGCCCUGGUCAAAAGUAGUGCACUAUAGUGAAUAGGGUGCAUUUUGGUACACACACUAGUAGUGGGCCCAGCUGUGACCUAGGACCAGUGGCCAAACUGGAACUACAGUGAAGAGCACUGUGUUGCGCAGGAGCAUGAUCACCAUGGCUGUCUAAUGAGAAUGAGGUCAUGUGUUGACCCACACAGCUGGCAACAGGGAUGAUUCAUGUCUGUGCUUCUGAGCUAGGCCAUUGUGUUUCCCCCCAGUGAAGAGCUUGUUGUUGUCCAUUGCUAGGCUUUCCAUUCUCUAACUAACCUCUCUGUCUGAAAUGUCCAUGAUCAAUCAUUCAUUUCAGUUUUUAACCCCCCCCCAAAAAAAAUUUUGUUUUAUUUUCAGUCUGGGAACUACCCUGUUCCUAAAGUAACUGAAUAAACCUAACAUAGUGGUACGCUGUAUGCUCCUAUCAGUCUUGGUGAUGAAGGCUCUUUAGCUGAAAUAUUGGGAAUAAACAGCGAGGAGAGAUGAGUCGUGGUCAAAAGUUUUGAGAAUGACACAAAUAUUAAUUUUCACCAAGUCUGCUGCCUCAGCUUUUAUGAUGGCAAUUUGCAUAUACUCCAGAAUGUUAUGAGUGAUCAGAUGAAUUGCAAUUAAUUGCAAAGUCCCUCUUUGCCAUGAAAAUGAACUUAAUCCCCAAAAAACUUUUCCACUGCAUUUCAGCCCUGCCACAAAAGGACCAGCUGACAUCAUGUUAGUGAUUCUCUCGUUAACACAGGUGAGAGUGUUGACGAGGACAAGGCUGGAGAUCACUCUGUCAUGCUGAUUGAGUUAGAAUAACAGACUGGAAGCUUUAAAAGGAGGGUGGUGCUUGAAAUCAUUGUUCUUCCUCUGUUAACCAUGGUUACCUGCAAGGAAACACGUGCCGUCAUCAUUGCUUUGCACAAAAAGGGCUUCACAGGCAAGGAUAUUGCUGCUAGUAAGAUUGUACCUAAAUCAACCAUUUAUCGGAUCAUCAAGAACUUCAAGGAGAGAGGUUCAAUUGUUGUGAAGAAGGCUUCAGGGCGCCCAAGAAAGUUCAGCAAGCGCCAGGACCGUCUCCUAAAGUUGAUUCAGCUGCAGGAUCGGGGCACCACCAGUGCAGAACUUGCUCAGGAAUGACAGCAGGCAGGUGUGAGUGCAUCUGCACGCACAGUGAGGCGAAGACUUUUGGAGGAUGGCCUGGUGUCAAGGAGGGCAGCAAGGAAGCCACUUCUCUCCAGGAAAAACAUCAGGGACAGACUGAUAUUCUGCAAAAGGUACAGGGAUUGGACUGCUGAGGAAUGGGGUAAAGUCAUUUUUUCUGAUGAAUCCCCUUUCCAAUUGUUUGGGGCAUCCGGAAAAAAGCUUGUCCGGAGAAGACAAGGUGAGCGCUACCAUCAGUCCUGUGUCAUGCCAACAGUAAAGCAUCCUGAGACCAUUCAUGUGUGGGGUUGCUUCUCAGCCAAGGGAGUGGGCUCACUCACAAUUUUGCCUAAGAACACAGCCAUGUAAGUAAAGCCAAUAAAGCCAAUAAAGAAUGGUACCAACACAUCCUCCGAGAGCAACUUCUCCCAACCAUCCAAGAACAGUUUGGUGACGAACAAUGCCUUUUCCAGCAUGAUGGAGCACCUUGCCAUGAGGCAAAAGUGAUAACUAAGUGGCUCGGGGAACAAAACAUCGACAUUUUGGGUCCAUGGCCAGGAAACUCCCCAGACCUUAAUCCCAUUGAGAACUUGUGGUCAAUCCUCAAGAGGCGGGUGGACAAACAAAAACCCACAAAUUCUGACAAACUCCAAGCAUUGAUUAUGCAAGAAUGGGCUGCCAUCAGUCAGGAUGUGGCCCAGAAGUUAAUUGACAGCAUGCCAGGGUGGAUUGCAGAGGUCUUAUGUAUGCACUCACUAACUGUAAGUCGCUCUCGAUAAGAGCGUCUGCUAAAUGACUAAAAUGUAAAUGUAAAAAUGUCUUGAAAAAGAAGGGUCAACACUGCAAAUAUUGACUCUUUGCAUAAACUUAAUGUAAUUGUCAAUAAAAGCCUUUGACACUUAUGGAAUGCUUGUAAUUAUGCUUCAGUAUACCAUAGUAACAUCUGACAAAAAUAUCUAAAAACACUGAAGCAGCAAACUUUGUGAAGACCAAUACUUGUGUCAUUCUCAAAACUUUUGACCACGACUGUACUGUAUGGCUGCAAUCCAAACAAGUAAAAGUCCUCUCCCCUCAGCCCUCAAAUUAAGUAGACUUCUGAUGACGAAUCAUGAAGUAUGUUGAGUUGACACUUGCAGGAACAGGGGCGAGGGGAAGAAUGAAUUAAUUUUAAAUCGACCGCCCUUGCCGAGAAAUGUGUCACUCAUUUGUCCCACGGUUGUGUUUUCAGUCAUCAUGGAACCAACGGUAGCGGUUGAGUGUGCUUUAUAUGCGAUACAGUAAAUUAUGAUUGCAUUUUAUAUCUUGGCUAGAAGACAACGCAUCCGCAGACAUCGAAUGCUAGCCAACCGACGAUAUCAGGUAAAUUGAAAAUUACAGUGUAUAGGUGUGAUGUCAGGGAAAGUUGUAUGCACUAGCUAACGUUUCCAAAAGCUAACCAAACAAAAACAUUAGUACUUUUACGAUAUGUGUUUAUUUACAUUUGUUUUUACUAACACUUGUAUGUUAACUUCUCCAUAUUGAUGUUGGUUUUAAGUUUUGGCUGACUUUUCUUAGCGGAUGUACAAUCAUCGCAAAUUGAAUAAUGUGGCGUUUCAGGCCUCGGAGUGAACUAAAUUGUACACUCGCAAACUCAAUCACAAACGAGGGCUGAGGGGCUUACGUUGCCAACUUCCCUUGCUUGGCUAAUUGUUUGGAUGGCCGCGGGGAUUCCCCCAAGGGCAUAAGGCGAGGGUAAGUGGAGGAGGGUGUGUCUUUUAUGUGUUUGAAAUGCAGCCUCUGACUUCAUUUUUCAAUUGUAUAGGCUUAGUUUAUUCUCUGUUAGUCAGCACCUCACCCAAGGGUGUGCAUUGUUUGUUUCUUUAUAACUCGAAAGUAGUAAUGUUAUCAGUUAAUAAAAGUUGUUUGAAGGGGAUCAGCAUUGAAACAAUAACAAAGCGUCUCCCUGUGUUUCCCACUGAUGUUCUGAGAACGUUACGUGAUGGUCCCAAGGGAACGUUCUCUGGGGGACCUUUGUCUAGUUCUCUGUACGUUCCCAGGACAUCACUGAGGACCAUGUCUGGACCGUUUUCAGACAUUCUCAGGACUUUCAUUUUACUAGUCCUUAGGACGUUGCAUGAUGGUCCCAAAGAAACGUUCUCUGGGGGACCUUUUUAUAGUUCCCUGUUUGUCCCAGGACGUUUUUAGGAAGUUCUUGGGACGUUGUGUCAUGGUCCCCUGGAGAUUUUGUCUAGUUCGCGGUUUGUCCCGAGGACGUUUUUAGGAAGUUUUUUGGAUGUUGUGUCAUGGUCCCCUGAACGUUCUUCGGAUUUUGUGUCAUGGUCCCCUGGAAAUUUUUGUCACGUGAUGGUCCCAGGUGUCCCAAACCAUUUGUAAGUAAAGUAAUGAAAAGGUAUGGGGAUUUUAAGGUAAGUGGUACGCUGUUCAGCUAAAAUAGUGUAAAAAUCUUUAAUCAAAGACAAUAUGAUUUACAUUUGACAUAAUCACUUAAAUCAAAGCCCUUAACCAACAAUGCAGUUCAAGAAAUAGUGUUAAGAAAAUAUUUACUAAAUAAAGUAACACAAUAAAAUAACAAUACAGAGGCUAUAUAGUCCUUUGUAGCUCAGUUGGUAGAGCAUGGCGAUUGCAACGCCAGGGUUGUGGGUUCGAUUCCCACGGGGGACCAGUAUGAAAAAAAAUAAAAAAAUUAUGCAGUCUGGAUAAGAGCGUCUGCUAAAUCACUAAAAUGUAAAAAUGUAAAUAUACAGGGGGUACCGGUACUGAGUCAAUGUGCUGGGGUACAGGUUAAUCGAGGUAAUUUGUACAUGUACAGUUGAAGUCGGAAGUUUACAUACACUUAGGUUGGAGUCAUUAAAACUAGUUUUUCAACCACUCCACAAAUUUCUUGUUAACAAACUAUAGUUGUGGCAAAUUACUUGUGCAUGACACAAGUAAUUUUUCCAACAAUUGUUUACAGACAGAUUAUUUCACUUAUAAUGCACUGUAUCACAAUUCCAGUGGGUCAGAAGUUUACAUACACUAAGUUGACUGUGCCUUUAAACAGCUUGGAAAAUUCCAAUAAAAUGAUGUCAUGGCUUUAGAAGCUUCUGAUAGGCUAUUUGACAUCAUUUCAGUCAAUUGGAGGUGUACCUGUGGAUGUAUUUCAAGGCCUACCUUCAAACUCAGUGCCUCUUUGCUUGACAUCAUGGGAAAAUCAAAAGAAAUCAGCCAAGACCUCAGGAAAAAAAUUGUAGACCUCCACAAGUCUGGUUCAUCCUUGGGAGCAAUUUCCAAACGGCUGAAGGUACCACAUUCAUCUGUACAAACAAUAGUACGCAAAUAUAAACACCAUGGGACCAUGCAGCCGUCAUACCGCUCAGGAAGGAGACACGUUCUGUCUGCUAGAGAUGAACGUACGUUGGUGCGAAAAGUGCAAAUCAAUCCCAGAACAACAGCAAAGGACCUUGUGAAGAUGCUGGAGGAAACAGGUACGAAGUAUCUAUAUCCACAGUAAAACUAGUCCUAUAUCGACAUAACCUGAAAGGCCGCUCAGCAAGGAAGAAGCCACUGCUCCAAAACUGCCAUAAAAAGCCAGACUACGGUUUGCAACUGCACAUGGGGACAAAGAUCGUACUUUUUGGAGAAAUGUCCUCUGGUCUGAUGAAACAAAAAUAGAACUGUUUGGCCAUAAUGACCAUCGUUAUGUUUGCAAGCCGAAGAACACCAUCCCAACCGUGAAGCACAGGGGUGGCAGCAUCAUGCGGUGGGGGUGCUUUGCUGCAGGAGGGACUGGUGCACUUCACAAAAUAGAUGGCAUCAUGAGGAAGGAAAAUUAUGUGGAUAUAUUGAAACAAAAUCUCAAGACAUCAGUCAGGAUGUUAAAGCUUCGUCGCAAAUGGGUCUUCCAAAUGGACAAUGACCCCAAGCAUACUUCCAAAGUUGUGGCAAUAUGGCUUAAGGACAUCAAAGUCAAGGUAUUGGAGUGGCCAUCACAAAGCCCAGACCUCAAUCCUAUAGAAAAUGUGUGGGCAGAACUGAAAAAGCGUGUGGGAGCAAGGAGGCCUACAAACCUGACUCAGUUACACCAGCUCUGUCAGGAGGAAUGGGCCAAAAUUCACCCAACUUUUUGUGGGAAGCUUGUGGAAGGCUACCCGAAACGUUUGACCCAAGUUCAACAAUUUAAAGGCAAUGCUACCAAAUACUAAUUGAGUGUAUGUAAACUUCUGACCCACUGGGAAUGUGAUGAAAGAAAUAAAAGCUGAAAUAAAUCAUUCUCUCUACUAUUAUUCUGACAUUUCACAUUCUUAAAAUAAAGUGGUGAUCCUAACUGACCUAAGACAGGGAAUUUUUACCAGGAUUAAAUGUCAGGAAUUGUGAAAAACUGAGUUUAAAUGUAUUUGGCUAAGGUGUAUGUAAACUUCCGACUUCAACUGUAGGUAGGGGUGAAGUGACGAUGCAUAGAUAAUAAACAGCGAGUAGCAGCAGGGUAAAAACAAAAGGGGGGGGGGUCAGUGUAAAUAGUCCGGGUGGCCAUUUGAUUAAUUGUUCAGCAGUCUUAUGGCUUGGUGGUAGAAGCUGUUAAUGAGCCUUCGGCCCUAGACUUGGCGCUCUGGUACCGCUUGCCAUGCGGUAGCAGAGAGAACAGUCUAUGACUAGGGUGGCUGGAGUCUUUGACAAUUUUUAGGGCCUUCCUCUGACACCGCCUGGUAUAGAGGUCCUGGAUGGCAGAAAGCUUGGCCCCAGUGAUGUACUGUGCCGUACACACUACCCUCUGUAGUGCCUUGCAGUCGGAGGCCGAGCAGUUGCCAUACCAUGCAGUGAUGCAACCAGUCAGGAUGCUCUCGAUGGUGCAGCUGUAUAACUUUUUAAGGAUCUGAGGGCUUUGUCGUGCCCUCUUCACGACUGUCUUGGUGUGUUUGGACCAUGAUUAAUGAUUAGUGAAUCAAGGUCUGUAUAGGAUUUCACCAUUGUGCAUGCACCUUUCAAGUCCUCUCAGUUCAGUCGUCAUGAAGGAAAGGAGGCUAGGAAAGGAAGCUAGCUUUCACACUACUGAGCCAAGUCAAGCUAAACCUAGCCAAACUAUACUGGCCUGGUUACACAUCCACCAUAGUUGCUGGAAAAGACCAUGUGAAGAGAACAUAUCUGAGCCAGCACAGUACAGAUCUGUUCGGCACGUUAGUGCGAAAAGGGUAUAAUUCAAAACCAUUGGAGCAUGGCCUGACAUGUGGUAUUGCAGGUCUGCUGGCUCCAUUGUGGCAAUGCCCCCACCUGCUGUUGUGACAGUAUUUUCCCCAGGCAUCCCAGUAUGGGAUGGACUAGGAUGGGGGAUGGCAGUGCCAACUAAUGAGUCAAGCCCCUCACCUCCGAGUUCUGGUAAAGAGGCAGGGGUCACGUCUGUCACUGUAUGUGUGCAGCCUGCCAGGCUUCUUGCGUAAGGCAUCAGAUUAUGAAAGCUGAGCGAUGAGGGCAAAAGCAGAUCAUCUCUCUCUUUUUCUUACCCGCUCAGUCCUCUCCCUCUCCUCUUAUUCUUUGUCUCUCUUGCGCAUUCAUUUUUUUUUUUUUCCGUUUGUCUCUCUCCAAGCAAUCAAUCCCCUUUUUCUCUCUCUCUCUCUUACUCACUCUUUCACUCUACCGCUCUUCCUCUUUCUCAUUCCCCCUCUCCACCCCCCUCUGACUGGAGCUAAGCCCAGCCACUUCACCCACCCGUUUGAACUCUCUGCCAGCCUCUGUGUGGAUGCACUGUGGCUUUUAUGAAGGCAGGUGUGGCAACCCACACCCUAGGCCCCAUCAUGUUGCUUUGACAUCUUGUUCCAUUAUUGUUCCAUAUUGUACUUAUCGUUCCAUCUUGUACAAACAAUAUGGUCUUUACAUCUUCGGUCAGAUGCCAUUCGUCUUCAGCAGGUCGCCCUGCGGCGGUUGUGGUCGUAACGGUGGCAGAGUUUCAGUGUUUGGAGCAUAGCCUGUCCUGCUGUGUUAACAAACUGGUUUGUGAAUGUAGCGUGUCGACCAUGUUGACUGUAUCCCGGUCUACUGUCCAGGCCCCUGCUUACCCUGCCAGCAGAGUGCUUAUCUGUGUCGUCAGGUGCACUUACCCAGAACUCUGUCUGGCUGAGUCUAACUCCAAAAAAGCUGUCCCCUUCCCUCCUCGCUAA